ACAUCUGAGAUACUUAGACAUUUCCGGUAGUGAAAUAACAACAUUACCUAAUAGUAUUUGUAAACUCUUGAACUUACAGACUCUGAAUCUCAAUAAAUGUUAUCAUCUUCAACAUUUCCCUACAAAUACAAAAGACCUUAUUAACCUGAAACAUCUUUAUUUGGAUCGUUGUGAUGGAUUAAAAUAUAUGCCUAGAAGUAUGGGGCAAUUGAAACAACUCAAGAUGUUAAGCUUGUUUGUGAUAGGCAAGGAAGAGAGUGACUGCCAACUAGAUGAAUUAAGAGAAUUUGAUAUCUCCGGAUCACUAAAAAUUAAGAACCUUGGAAGAGUUAGUGAUGCAUCUAUUGCAAAAGGGAUAAGUAUGGCUAAAAAGUUGAGUAUUAACAAAUUGGAUCUGGAAUGGACAUCUAAAGAUGAAGUUGAUGUUAAUGAGACCAAGAGUAGUAGACAUGAGAAAAUUGGUGAAGCUCUGGAGGUUUCAACUACAAGGCUAAAGAUAGAUGAAAGCAAGAGUACUCAACAUGAGAAAAUAGGUGAAGCUCUAGAGGUUUCAACUGCGAUGCUGAAGAUAUUGAAAAUGAGUGGUUACAAAGGUGUGAAUCCCCCUAAAUGGGUGGGAAUGUCAUCUCCUUCUGUAACAGGCCUUGAGCAAAUGGACAAUGUGAAUACUAUUGCUAAUAGUAGCAAUGGAAAUGAAAUGAUUGUACUAUUCCCUUUGUUACAGCAAUUGAAGAUUUCUAACAUGGAGAAUAUGAGGGAAUUGGUGUCACCUAGCUGUUGGAGUAUUUGCAUUGGAGCAUUCCCUAAUCUAAGCAAGCUGGAGAUAUCUUUUUGCCCAAAGCUAGGGGCCUUGCCACCGCAUCUCAAAGCACUCAAACAUGUAACUAUUUUAGCUGAUUGUUCGGAUGAGUUGUUAUAUAGCAUCUCAAAUCUUAGUGGUCUCACUCAUCUCUUUUUUGGUUUUAUGGAAGAAAGAAGUGUUUUAUUUCCAUCUGCUAAGGCAUUAAUGUUUGAUGAUGGGGACAUUAAUGAAGCACAAUUAGGAGUACCCUCAACUUUUCAAUCUCUUCAACAUCUGAAAAUUGAGAACUGCAAGAAGUUAAGGCGUUUAUUUGAGAUUAGUGGCUGCCAGAACCAACAAAAGCAUCCUCUUCAAGGACAAACAGAAAGAAUAAGAGGUCUCAGGGAAUUGGAGAUUUACUAUUGCCCCGAUUUGAUGAUAUCAGUUGAGGAAUUUGGAAACCUCAAUAUUAAUAAUUCACUGCAGGGUUUGUGUAUCAUGGGUUGUCCUAAGUUGGUGUCUUCAGAAGAAGCUGACGAUUUUGUUGCACUCCUGCGUUCCCUUCGAGCAAGACUUGAUCCUUGGUACUUCAGUGUAGAUAUCAUAAAGGAAUAGCAGAAGAAGAAUCAAUUAAAAGUGAAGUGAAGAGAAGUGAGGUCAUAAUAAAGGAGUAGCAGACUGAUUAACAAGGUGAUGGAAUAAGGAUUCUUCUUGAAGUGGAUCCAAUGGUGAUGAAAGUUUCAAUUUGGAGUAGUAAUAUAAUGCUGGAUUUUGUUGGUCUCAAAUUUGUUUGUUCUCAGUAAUAAGGAGAAAUUGAUUUCUCAUACUCAAUAUGGUACUGAUGCUUGAUUUGGUUUGAUUCAUGAACAUUUGUAUUAUUAUUGUUUAUAUAUGUUUUGCUUACUUGUAAUGGGUUGAGAAUUGUAUUAAUGCUUUUCUUCAUUUCUCAUUCAAUCAACGAUUGUUCCUUGUAUUU